GCCGCAGGGCUGCAGGGCUGCAGGGCAUGGCAGUGUUGGGUCUUUGAUCGAGCACCGCGUCCGCCUCGCUGCGGCCCCGACAUGGCUCAGGAGAAGAUGGAGCUGGACCUGGAGCUGCCUCCGGGCGCGGGCGCGGGCGCGGACGCGGGCGGGGGCCCGGCGGAGGGGAGCUGCGGCGGCGGCGGCGGCGGCGGCGGCGGCGGCCCCCCGGGCGGCGGGGGGUCCACCCUGCGGAGGUCGAACAGCGCCCCCCUGAUCCACGGCCUCAGUGACACUUCCCCCGUGUUCCAGGCCGAGGCGCCGAGCGCCCGGCGGAACAGCACGACGUUCCCGGGCCGCCACGGCCUGCUGCUGCCGGCCUCGCCGGUCCGCAUGCACAGCAGCCGCCUGCACCAGAUCAAGCAGGAGGAGGGCCUGGACCUCAUCAACCGCGAGACGGUGCACGAGCGCGAGGUGCAGACGGCCAUGCAGAUCAGCCACUCGUGGGAGGAGAGCUUCAGCCUGAGCGACCACGACGCCGCCGCCGCCGCCGCCGAGAAGGCCGCCGCCUCGCCCAAGCGCGUCGACUUCGUGCCGGUGUCCCCCGCGCCCUCGCCCACCCGGGGCAUCGGCAAGCAGUGCUUCUCGCCCUCGCUGCAGAGCUUCGUGAGUAGCAACGGGCUGCCGCCGAGCCCCAUCCCCAGCCCGACCACGCGCUUCACGACGCGCCGCAGCCAGAGCCCCAUCAACUGCAUCCGGCCGAGCGUGCUGGGCCCCCUGAAAAGGAAAAGUGACCUGGAGCCCGAGUACCAGCCCAAGCGGUUCUUCCAGGGCAUCACCAACAUGCUGUCCUCGGACGCCGCCGCCGCCGCCGCCGCCGCCGACGGGCCGCAGCUGUCAGACCCGGGCGGGGGCGCGGCCGCGGCCGCGGCUGCGGCUGCGGCUGCGGUUGCGGCGGCGGCGGAUCCCCUGGAUGGCAACAGUAGCAGCGCGGGAUCCGCGUGUAACUCGCCCGCCAAAGUCGUCGGCGCCGACUCGCCCGUGUCGCCUGCCCAGGCGGCCUCGCCCUUCAUCCCAGUAGAUGAACUUUCAUCUAAGUGACACCCACCCUCCCACCCACCCAUCCCCAGAGACUUGUUGGGUUUUAUUUUUCCCUCCCUCCCACCCUAACCGCCGCCCCCCCCCCCGCCCCCCACUACGGAGGGGAAAAGGAAAAAAAAAAUCAAGCUGGAGCAACAAAGCACUGAACUUGGUGGAUUCGUUGGAGGCUUUUUCUCCCCUUUUGACCCCUUUCCCCCCACCCUUUUUUUUUUAAAAAAAAAUUCUCUGAAAUGUUGUUAUCCUAGAGAACUUUUAUGUCCGAUUCCUGCAGAUGCCCUUGAAGUUAGUGUAGUCCUAUUUUCAGACUUUUUCAACCCCCCUCUCCUCCCCCCCCCAUAAGUGUGUUGAAGCAUACGACUUUACGCUGCUAAUAUGUCUAAAUACAUAUGUUAUCCCUUGAUUUUUUUAAAAAAUAAUUGAGAGCUCUAUUUAUUUAUGGGAUUAUUAAUAAGUUCUGAUGAAAUAUAAAAUGUUGAAUUAAUCAGCAUCGUAAACUGAUGUUUUCAGAUUUCGUAUUUCGUGCCCACACUAAUUUUUAAUGUUUAUUAUCCGUGGUUGCUCAUUUCUAUCUGAUGAACAGUACUUUAUCUAUUUUGCGUCUAUUUUUAAAGUGAUGUUUUAACGUAUCAAGCCGGUGGUUGUCUGCGUUACCCAGGAAUCCUUGGAUAUUAAGUUUUCUGGGUUACAGAGUGGAUGGAUGGGAGGAAAACAAAAUGAAAAAAAAAAAUAAAGUUUGCAACAAGUCUUUUUCAAAUCAAGCAUUUAGAAGUAAACAUCUAAGAAAACUAUUUUCUGAUGAAAAUAACUUUGUUAACGCAUCAAAUGUAACUACAGAUAAGGUAGGGGCGUGGGGGUUGUUUGUUGUUUUUGUCAGAAAGUUAAUUUUCUUGCUUAUAAUUCUAAACUGAAAUGGGACAGUGCCUUGCAGUCUUAGCCCACUCUGUGCAGGCUGGGACCAGAUUCUUUCUGCUGCUGCAAAUUUAAAGCACAGUUCAAAUGUAGAGAACUUAUGGGAAGUCCUGUUGACUGUAAGCAAAACUCUUGGGCAAAUAAUUCUUUCUCAACCAUCAGUUUACUCUAACUGCGCCUCAGUGGUAAUCUUUACCAACAAGGAGCCCAAGCAGCUAACCAAUGGUUGUUUUUUUGCUCUGCCCACUGCCACCCUCCGGGAUUUCCCUGUUCAAGAAGGAAGCAGUUGUUCCCUUGCCAACAGGUUCUUCCUCUCCACCUCCCAUCAAACUAGGGCAUCAUCAGUUAGAGAAAGGAACAGUGUGAUUUGUAUUUCUGACCGGGAGCAACAGGAGAACUGUGAGAUGAUUCAGGAAGUGCUGGUAAAAGCUACAACCGGAAUUGACUGGGGGAUGUCAGUUCAUUAAGGGUCAGUGACUUGCAAGAGAAAAGUCAGUGGAGAGUCACCUAGGUAAAUCAUUUCACUUAGGUUUUCUUCAAGGUUUGAGUGUGACUUAUUUUUCCCCCUUUGCCUUUUACACUUAAGAAAAUAACUUUUAAAACUUAGACUUUCCUGUUAUACCUCAUAUCUUCCUUACCCAGACCAAGAGGCAGAAAGGAGGAAUAGGGUGAGGGUUGGGGAUAAGGGCAUUAAAAAAAGAGAGAGAUCAAGAAAAAAUAAAAUCUGCCUUUCAAAGGGACUUUAAUUACAAUGUGGAAUUUCUACAAUUAUGAGAAUAAAUGGAACUGGUCAACUUUGAGAGCUACCUGAAGAAUUCAUUGAGAUAGCACCAAGGGUAAGAUGGUGUGUGCAGGUUUACACACUCUGUUCUGGCUACUAGUGUUCGUGUGUUCGAGUCCUGAUCUUGAUUUUCAA